AUGGUUUUCAUUCUAGGUGUCAACUUCAAGGCGCGCAUGCCGGUAAAGAAAGCGCUCGAGUGCUUCUAUGCCCUCGGACCAACGACAUCCUCGCGCAUCAUGGCAAAAUACUCCAUCUUCCCCCUCGCAAAGGUCGGCGCUCUCUCAGCCAAGACCGUUACAGCCCUGACAGCAGAGCUGUCCCAAAUGACGAUCGAAAACGACGCGAAGCGAAUUCUGCACGAGAAUCUAAAGCGACUGAAAGAUAUGGGAAGUUACCGCGGAAGGAGACACGCAAUGGGUCUACCGGCCCGUGGACAGAGGACGAGGAACCAGAUUUACACCGCACGGAAGCUCAACAGACUGGACCGCCGUGGUUGA